UGCAGGCACUGAACUGUUAGGUUACACUUGCAGAGAAAAAGAUGGCGGGCGACUGUCGGAAAAGAAUUUGAAUUUUUUGGGUUGCAAAUAUUGUCAAUUUUCUCUCUUGUACUUGACUUUCAGAGGUAGAUUGUUUAAAAUUAGGCAACUGGAGAAUGAUUAUGCAAGAACCGGUUCAGGCGGCCAUCUGGCAUUCCUUGAACCACUAUGCGUUUGCAGAUGCCAUCUUCCUUGCAGAGCGCUUGUAUGCAGAGGUUGGUUCAGAUGAAGCGCUGUUCCUGUUGGCGACCUGCUACUACCGAUCAGGGAAGCCGUACCGAACAUACAUGCUACUCCAGUCCCGGGGAUGCCCCACUCCACAGUGCAAGUUUCUGUAUGCAAAGUGUUGCAUAGAUCUGGAAAAAUAUGCAGAGGGAGAGUCUACUUUCAUGGGAGGGGCGAUCGGCAAGCAGCGUUCUUAUGAAGAAUUGGUGACGGAAUUUGGAGAUGCGGGAUGCUUCUCCAUGCAGCUUCUUGGGAAGAUAUUUGCGAAGAGCGAGAGGAAUAAGAGAGCUACUGACUGUUACAAACAGAGCCUGAAACACAACCCUUUUCUAUGGUCCAGCUACCAGGCUCUCUGUGACAUUGGAGAGAAGCCUGACCCAGAUGAAGUGUUUCAGCUGACCAACCUGCAGAACUUCAGCUCUUGCCAGUCUUCCUUCCCUCCCCCCGCCCUCACCCCCCACCAGGGGGGCACCUCGGACAUCACCCCACCCACACAGGACAUUGCUAAGUCCCCAUUGGUGAAGUUGCAGACCCCCACCCCUACCAGCUCCACGUCUGUGGGAGUGGACAUGUCGAUAGGAUCCCCCCAGCCCCUGGUGCAGAGAGUCCGGGGAAGGGCGGGGAGGAGUCUGCUCGGGGGGCCGGCAUCCCUCAGCCCCCUCACACCCAGUUUUGGAGUCCUGCCUUUAGACACCCCUAGCCCAGAAGUGUUCAGUACUGGUUCCUGUACCUUUGUGACCCCCUCUCCCACCACUGUAGAUUGUUCACAUCUGGACGCCAGGGCUCCCAGCAAGAAGGUUGUAACGAGAAGAAAUUACCCGUCCCAAACCAAACCUGCAGUCUUCAGCCAGACAGGCAACAGUGGCAAUGUGAAGGAGUCCAACACCUUAAAUACUCCCAGUCCUAGUCCAAGUGGUCCUCAGGUUCUGGUACAGACGACGGCCCAAGGUGUCCGCCGGAGCACUCGCCUCUUUACUGCCUCCAACUCCGUCAAGGAAAAUAAUAAGAAGCCAAAAACAAGAUUUGCUGCUCCCAAAGCCCCUGCAAAGAAGACGAAGAGUCGUACAGGGAAGGGGUCGUCGUCCCAGCCCACCAUCACAGAGGGGUCGGAGAUUAUUAAACCAGAAAGCACCAGUACCACGGAGUCCAAACCCAGCCAGCUACAGGUCACAUGGGCUCUCAAUGUACAGAAAGCUGCUGCUGAGGGCCUUAUGACAUUAAUGCGGGACCUAGGUCACGCCUACCUAGCGCUGAGCCACUACGACUGUCGGAAGGCCGUGACGUUGUUUCAGCAGCUGCCCCAGCACCAGUAUAACACGGGCUGGGUGCUGUCUCACAUCGGCAGGGCGUACUUUGAACUGGCUGAGUACCACAAGGCAGAGAAGGCCUUCAAAGAGGUGCGUAAGCUUGAGCCCCACAGGGUGGAGGGUAUGGAGCUGUACUCCACCGCGCUGUGGCACCUACAGAAGGACGUGCUGUUGUCCUCUCUGGCGCAGGAGCUGUCUGACAUGGACCGGGACUCUGCACAGUCAUGGUGUGCCGUAGGAAACUGUUUCUCCCUCCAAAGAGAGCACGACACAGCCAUCAAGUUCUUCCAGCGAGCCAUUCAGGUGGAGCCCAACUUCGCCUACGCCUACACCCUGCUGGGCCAUGAGUACGUCCUGAACGAGGAACUCGACAAGGCCAUGUCGUGUUUCAGGAACGCUAUCCGCACGGACCCCAGACACUACAACGCUUGGUAUGGAGUUGGGAUGAUCUACUACAAGCAGGAGAAGUUCAGUCUUGCUGAGAUCCACUUCAGGAAAGCCCUGGCCAUCAACCCCUUCAGCUCAGUUCUACUCUGUCACAUUGGAGUGGUCCAACAUGCCCUGCAGAAGUCGGACAGCGCGCUCCAGACCCUGAACAAGGCCAUCACAGCUGACCCUAAGAACCCGCUCUGUAAAUUCCACAAGGCUUCCAUCCUAUUUGCCACAGAAAGAUACAAGGACGCAUUAAAGGAACUAGAAGAGUUGAAACAAAUUGUACCUAAGGAAUCCUUAGUAUACUUCCUUAUGGGCAAGGUGUACAAGAAGCUAGGACAGACCCACCUUGCCCUGAUGAAUUUCUCCUGGGCGAUGGACCUGGAUCCAAAAGGUGCCAACAACCAGAUAAAGGAGGCGAUAGACAAGAGGUACCUGCCUGAAGAUGAUGACACGAUGGAUACAGAAGAUGAUAUCACUGCAGAUGAUGCUGGGGAAGAUUCAGUAACAAUCAUGGAUGAGCAGCCGUUAGAUCUGGACCUGCAGGGGGACGGGAGUCCAGGGGAGGUGGACACGAGCAAUGAGGCGGACGCGGAAGACGUCCAGCUUCACGCCAUGGAGAGCGACGAGAGCUUGUAGUAGCAGAGGGUGACGUGUAGCGAUUUUGUAAUGGUCAACAUGAAUGGUAACAUGUAGUGAUUUUGUAACGGUCAACAUGAAUGGUAGCAUGUAGCGAUUUUGUAAUGGUCAACAUGAAAGCCUUUUCUUUCUGAACAUUUGACAGUGUAAAGACUUUGACUUUAUUUGAUUUAAGUAAAAACUAAUAACUGUAUAAGACAUUUUUUGUUGUUCCUAAGAUUUUUCAAAAGUGGUAACCAUACCAGGGAAUCUAUCAUCAGAAAUGGGGUGAUACAAGUGCUUACAGGGCAAAAUCAUAAUUUGCUAAGCUCCUUUUUUCUCUCUCAAUUUUACGUAAAGGUAGUGUAGUCCAGUUGAUCACAAAUUUGAAAAUUAAGUGAAAAUUGUGUUUUCUCCAUAGGAAAAAGAGUAGGCUUUAUUUGGGGUUUGGCAUGGUUCUGGGUUACCGUAACUUAAUUUGUAACUAUAGUAUUUUUAAGUUGUACCAAAUUAUUUCAUACAAAUAUGAGACAAGGAAGUUUGUUGGAUGGAUGUUAAAAUGCUUCAGGAAUGCAUUUUGUAAUAAGAGUAUUGAUUAUCAUUAAUUAGGCCAUGCUGUUUCUAUUAUAUGGAUGACAUCCUCUAGAACUUGAAAACCGAUGCGAGCGUGCGACUAAAAAAGUUUGGCCCCCCCAAAGUUGCCUUCAUUUUGAAAUUUAAGUGGUCAGGAAGGUUGAUCAAAUGACUAAACACAUGUGUGGUAUACUGAGCAAUAGAUUCUUUUGUUGUUGUUGUUGUUCUUUCACAUCUUAUUUAACUUUGGAAUUGACUUGGCAUUGGUAUCUGUUUUCCAAUUUUUUUUGCAAUAUGGCAAAUGUAUUUGCUAAAUUUGCAGCUUCUUUUUACGAUUUACAGUAUAGUCGAUAUCUUUUUUGUGUGGGGGGAACAGAUGAAAAUUGAUACAUGUGUGGAUGUCAUCCAUAUAAUCAAAUCAACAUGGCCUCAUAGUAAAUACAUGCAUGGUAUGAAUAUACAUGACUAUAUAUGACAAGACACAGGUGCCAACAUUGUAGUGAUUACCUAAGGUUUGUGUAGAAUUCUGUAUCAUAUGGAUAAAAGGUGUGUAUUUGGUGAAUAUCUAAAACCAGUCCAUUGUUUAAUGAUUGUUUAAAACGAGUUGGGAAGUCCUGAUGGAGAGAUACUUCCCCUGAUCUCUGCUUCACUGCCAUUUUUGGCGAUGCCUUCAGGACGGAGCCAUCUAUGGUCAUUAGGAAUACAUGUCCAAUAACGUAUACUGACACUGGUGCCUGUACCACGGACCCUGUUGGUAGCACAUGCCUUAUGGGGAAGAGAACAAUGGCCAAAGUGAUUGGCAGCUUGCAUUUUAUCAUAAGAUAUAUAUUACUAGCCCACAAGGUCCUACAUUGAAUAUGUUGUGAUAACACUUUGUUGUUCUGUGUUGGUAGCAUUUCGUGUUGGACAGCCAAAAGUAAUAUUUUGUUGGAAUAUCUGAUCUGUGUUGUUGGCAUUUCGAAUUGGACGGUCAAAAGUACCAUAUGGAACAAAACAUUGAUCAAGUUCGGAAUAUUUUUAUCUGAUUUGAUCCUUACAUCUUAGUAGAAACAAAAAAUAGAGCUACAAUGGCACAAUCCUAAGCCAGGAAAAGAAUAAUUUUAACCAUUCAAACAUGUUGGUUGUGUGCAAAAUAUGCUACAAGAUUCAGUGACAUCAUGGAAUCCUGUGCACCUUUUCUUGGAUGUGCACAGAAUCUGAUGAUGUCACGGUUUAUCUGCCAGGAUUGAAAUUCCAUGUUUAGAUGAAAAAAUGCUCUUUCAAAAGGAUCAAUAUUUCUGAACAAGAUGAAAUUCCUUUACUUGAAAGUCCCCAAAUUUUUUGUUCAUUUUUCCUUUAGGUCAACAGUAAAUGAGAUCACUGCUGUGUUUAUGUUUUAUUUUUAGAGUGAAGAAUUUUGCUCAUUUUGUAAAGGCUAUGAUUAAUGUACAUACAUAAGAUCAACAUGUUGUACAGAGAACCAUAUGUGCUAAACGUGUAUAACAGGGACGUAAUAUAAAAGUAUUUGAUAUGUCAUAUCUCUAAUAUUUUACAAUAUUCAAACAUUACAUACAACUGAAUUAAGAUUGGAAACUUUUUGUAUUUUAUGCGAAAAUGAAGCAAUCUGACGAUGACUUAUCUGUCCAAAUUUGUAGUGAUAUUUUUUGUCAGAAUAUGUGGGUAUUGUAUAUGUGUGUGUGUAAUGUUGAUUCAGUCUUAGGUCGUAAUGAUGUAUUUUUCUUUUGUAACCGCUGUUUAGUGUAGUAAAAUGUAUAACGAAUAGUAACAAGUUGUUAAACUAUCAAUGAAAGAGAAACUCAAUUAUCGAAGAAAACCUCAGACCUUUUGUUUUCCCAGGGUUCUUUGUGUGCCAAGCUGUUGGGAGUAUGUCUUGCCAACCAUCCUGCUUUUCUUUUACUAUGUUAUUUUAUAAUUAUUAUCUCAGAAAUAAAAGAAAUAAUACAGAA